AUGGCUUCCGCCACCGCCGCCGUGUCAUCUUCUUUCCUCCUAACCAAUUCCGGUGUAUCCAAAAACAAGAUGGAUCACUCCAUUCUCAAGAUCAAACCAUCCACUUUCUCCCUUCCUCAACGCAGAAUGCACCUUUCUUCAACUACAAAGCCCCUAAUUGUUCAAGCUGCUUAUAGUGAUGGUGGAAGGCCCAACAGUGCUGGCAUCUUUGUUGGCGGCUUUAUCUUGGGAGGAUUAAUCGUUGGAACUCUUGGUUGCGUGUAUGCACCUCAGAUCAGCAAUGCUAUAACUGGACCUGACAGGAGGGAGUUAAUGAGAAAACUGCCAAAGUUUAUAUAUGAUGAAGAAAAGGCUUUAGAGAAAACAAGGAAAGUAUUGGCUAAUAAGAUUGAACAAUUGAACUCUGCUAUAGAUGAAAUUUCUUCCCAGCUUCGGUCAGGGGACACCCCAAAUGGGGUAGCCGUGAAAUCUGGUGAAGUUGAAGCUGCCAAAUGA